UCGGGGGCGACUCAGGACGUGGGGAAGACGUGUUCCGCCGUGUCCAAUUUUCUCACGAAGGGUCAGGAUGCCUAUAUCGUCUCCGGAAACUUCAUCGACGGGGUCAAGAUCACCGAGUACAAGGGAGUCGCGAGGACGUUUCGACCCCUGGAUCCCCUGACGGUGGAGUAUUGGACGAAGGCUCGUAAAAUGGCUAAGACCUACAGGAUCAUCGAUGGAAUGACCAAGAAGCUCAUGGGCCUUGGCAUGUGCAACAUAGAUCAUGGCAUGAACGAGGAGAUGGUGAAUUUUCACACGGUCUUGGAUGUUGCCCACGAAGCUGUGGUCAUGAUCAUGAGUGACAUCGACGGAAUUCAGACGGUGGGAACUUUCCAGGCGGCGGAGAAGGACAGACUUCAAAGAUUCUUUACGGGGGUGGAUAGCAUGUUGCACUUAGCUACAUCCGGUGAUUGCAAGAUGACCAACAUGCUCGUGGAUUCCAUCUUCAGGACUCAAGCGUUCAAGAGGUAG